AAGUGCAAAAACCGGUAAGGAAGAUGGCCUAUAUAAGACGUCUGCUCAACAGCAGCUGAAGUCAAACUGAGCCCAGACAACGAAUCAACAGCAACAUGUUCAAGCUCUGCCUUAGUGUCUUUGUCCUGUACAUCGCCAGCGCUCUGGCCGCACCCGUUGAAUAUGCGCCUCCUGUGGCCAUUUUGGAUUCGAUCAAUGAGAAGAAUCAGGAUGGUUCGUAUCACUUCUUCUACCAGAGCGAGGAUGGCACACAUCGCGAGGAGACAGCUGUGGUAGUCGAUGCCGGCACCGAGAAUGAACAUCUCGAGAUCAGCGGCAACUAUUCGUACUACGAUGCCGAUGGCAAGGAGGUCGUUGUCAACUACAAGGCCAACGAUCAUGGCUUUGUGCCCGAGGGUGGCAGCAUCUCCAAGGAAAUCUCACUGGCCGCUAAGCAGGCCAGCGAGGCGCAAUAUGUGCCCGAGACCGAUUAUCAGAAACCGCCAAAGUUUUAAGUUUUAAAAUAAAAAUAAUCCUUACAAAGUAAAAAAA